AAACAUUUAUUUCUUUUCGCCACGGCUAAGAGUAACAUGAAAAGCGUGCUGCUAUUUUUUCAAAAUAAGCAUAUUUUUAGCGUAAAUAUAAACAAAAAUUGUUGAAAAUAGUUGGGGAAGUGUUGCGGCACUAGUGCGCACAAAAUUUUGUCACGCACUUGUGCAUUUUGCCUUUUUAAAAAGUGAACAAUUUGUGAAUUUCAUCGGUAGAAACUGUGACGUCGAAACGAACGAAGCUGACAAAAAAAAAGACAGAGUGGCUGGCUCGUUGACACUAGCUUUCAGAGGAUCGCUAAUUUGUUCGCGAAAUUGAAAUAUAGAUAUAAUUCGAGGAAAAACUUUACUGUUGAUAUAAGUAGCUGUUUAAAAAAUGGCUACAAAUGAUUCCAAGGCGCCCCUGCGCCAAGUGAAGCGAGUGCAGUUUGGAAUUUUAUCACCUGAUGAAAUUCGCCGGAUGUCUGUCACUGAAGGUGGUGUACAAUUUGCUGAGACUAUGGAAGGUGGACGUCCAAAGUUAGGAGGUCUUAUGGAUCCCCGACAAGGAGUAAUUGACAGAACUUCUCGUUGCCAAACUUGUGCUGGAAAUAUGACAGAAUGUCCAGGGCAUUUUGGACAUAUUGAUUUGGCUAAACCAGUUUUUCACAUCGGUUUUAUAACGAAAACUAUUAAAAUAUUACGUUGUGUAUGCUUUUAUUGUUCAAAAAUGUUGGUAUCGCCACAAAAUCCCAAAAUUAAGGAAAUUGUUAUGAAAUCCAAGGGACAGCCACGUAAACGUCUGGCUUAUGUAUAUGAUUUAUGCAAAGGUAAAACCGUGUGCGAAGGUGGCGAAGAUAUGGAUAUGGCAAAAGAUGGACAACAAACCGAUCCGAACAAAAAACAAGGCCACGGCGGUUGCGGUCAUUACCAGCCAUCAUUAAGACGUAGUGGCUUAGAAUUAACAGCCGAGUGGAAGCAUGUAAACGAGGACUCCCAGGAAAAGAAAAUAAUUGUUACAGCAGAGCGAGUUUGGGAAAUAUUGAAACAUAUUACAGAUGAAGAAUGCUUCAUUCUCGGUAUGGAUCCGAAAUAUGCGCGUCCCGAUUGGAUGAUUGUCACCGUAUUGCCUGUACCACCAUUGGCCGUGCGUCCAGCUGUAGUUAUGUUUGGCGCAGCUAAGAAUCAAGAUGAUUUAACCCAUAAGCUAGCAGAUAUCAUUAAAGCUAACAAUGAGCUAAAAAAGAAUGAAGGUACUGGUGCAGCAGCGCAUGUUAUACAGGAAAACAUUAAAAUGUUGCAGUUUCAUGUUGCCACAUUGGUCGAUAACGACAUGCCCGGUAUGCCACGAGCUAUGCAAAAAUCCGGAAAACCUCUUAAAGCUAUUAAAGCGCGCUUGAAGGGAAAAGAAGGUCGUAUUCGAGGUAAUUUGAUGGGUAAGCGUGUAGAUUUCUCUGCACGUACUGUAAUCACACCAGAUCCGAAUUUGCGUAUCGAUCAAGUUGGCGUGCCACGUUCCAUUGCGCAAAACUUAACAUUUCCAGAGUUAGUCACACCCUUCAACAUCGAUCGCAUGCAAGAAUUGGUGCGGCGUGGUAACUCACAAUAUCCCGGUGCAAAGUAUAUUGUACGAGACAAUGGUGAACGUAUCGAUUUGCGUUUCCACCCAAAACCAUCAGAUUUGCAUUUGCAAUGUGGUUAUAAAGUAGAACGCCAUUUACGUGACGACGAUCUUGUCAUUUUCAAUCGGCAGCCAACGCUGCAUAAAAUGAGUAUGAUGGGUCAUCGUGUCAAAGUAUUGCCCUGGUCGACAUUCCGUAUGAAUUUAUCUUGUACCUCUCCGUAUAACGCUGAUUUCGAUGGUGAUGAAAUGAACUUGCAUGUGCCACAAUCUAUGGAAACUCGUGCUGAGGUGGAGAAUAUACACGUGACACCACGACAAAUUAUUACGCCACAGGCUAAUAAACCUGUCAUGGGUAUUGUACAAGAUACGCUAACGGCUGUGCGUAAAAUGACAAAACGUGAUGUUUUUAUAACGCGUGAACAAAUGAUGAAUUUACUUAUGUUCUUACCCACUUGGGAUGGCAAAGUGCCACAGCCGUGUAUAUUAAAACCGCGACCCCUGUGGACAGGCAAACAAUUAUUCUCUCUAAUUAUACCAGGAAAUGUAAACAUGAUACGUACACAUUCAACUCAUCCAGAUGAUGAAGAUGAUGGACCCUAUAAAUGGAUCUCACCUGGUGACACAAAAGUAAUGGUCGAACACGGCGAAUUGAUCAUGGGUAUUUUGUGUAAGAAGACACUGGGUACUUCGGCCGGUUCUCUAUUGCAUAUUUGUUUUUUGGAAUUGGGUCAUGAAAUAGCUGGUCGUUUCUAUGGUAACAUUCAGACUGUAAUUAACAACUGGCUGUUGCUCGAAGGUCACAGUAUCGGAAUUGGUGAUACCAUUGCUGAUCCUCAGACCUAUAAUGAAAUUCAGAUGGCAAUCAAGAAAGCUAAAGACGAUGUCAUAAACGUUAUUCAAAAGGCGCACAACAUGGAGCUUGAACCAACGCCUGGUAAUACUUUGCGUCAGACUUUCGAAAAUCAAGUAAAUCGUAUUCUUAACGAUGCUCGUGACAAAACUGGUGGUUCUGCUAAGAAAUCCUUGACUGAGUACAAUAACUUAAAGGCUAUGGUGGUGUCUGGUUCUAAAGGUUCCAAUAUUAAUAUCUCCCAGGUUAUUGCUUGUGUAGGUCAACAGAACGUCGAAGGUAAACGUAUACCGUACGGUUUUCGUAAACGUACAUUGCCACAUUUCAUCAAAGACGAUUACGGUCCUGAGUCUCGCGGCUUCGUCGAAAAUUCAUAUCUUGCCGGCUUAACACCGUCUGAAUUCUACUUUCACGCUAUGGGUGGUCGUGAAGGUCUUAUCGAUACUGCUGUAAAAACUGCUGAAACCGGUUAUAUUCAGCGUCGUCUCAUAAAGGCUAUGGAGUCUGUUAUGGUUAACUACGAUGGUACUGUACGUAAUUCUGUGGGUCAAUUGAUUCAGUUGCGUUACGGUGAGGACGGUUUGGCUGGUGAAACUGUAGAGUUUCAAAAUUUACCCACAGUCAAGUUAUCGAAUAAAGCUUUUGAAAAACGUUUCAAAUUCGAUUGGUCCAAUGAACGUUAUAUGCGUAAGGUAUUCACUGAUGAUGUGAUCAAAGAGCUAAGUGAGAGCGGUAAUGCGUUGCCAGAGUUGGAAAUCGAAUGGGAUCAGCUGUGUCGGGAUCGCGAGGCAUUGCGUGAAAUCUUCCCUAACGGUGACUCAAAGGUCGUAUUGCCGUGUAACUUGCAGCGUAUGAUUUGGAAUGUACAGAAGAUUUUCCAUAUCAACAAGCGUAUGCCCACAGAUCUAUCGCCUCUGCGCGUUAUUAAUGGUGUACGCGAUCUACUGCAGCGUUGUGUCAUUGUGGUGGGCAAUGAUCAUCUCUCCAAACAGGCAAAUGAGAACGCCACACUGUUGUUCCAAUGUCUUGUACGAUCCACACUUUGUACGAAAUAUGUUGCGGAGGAGUUCCGCUUGUCAACCGAAGCUUUCGAAUGGUUGAUUGGAGAAAUUGAAACACGUUUCCAGCAAGCGCAGGCCAAUCCUGGUGAAAUGGUGGGUGCUUUGGCCGCACAGAGUUUGGGUGAACCUGCUACACAGAUGACACUCAACACUUUCCAUUUUGCUGGUGUAUCGUCGAAGAACGUAACAUUGGGUGUGCCACGUCUAAAGGAAAUCAUUAAUAUCUCCAAGAAGCCAAAAGCUCCAUCACUUACUGUAUUCCUCACAGGCGGUGCUGCGCGAGAUGCUGAAAAGGCUAAGAAUGUUUUGUGUCGCUUGGAGCACACCACACUUCGUAAGGUGACAGCCAAUACGGCAAUUUACUAUGAUCCCGAUCCGCAAAGAACAGUCAUCUCGGAGGAUCAAGAAUUUGUUAAUGUCUACUAUGAGAUGCCUGAUUUCGAUCCCACUCGCAUUUCGCCCUGGUUACUCCGUAUUGAAUUGGAUCGUAAACGUAUGACAGAUAAAAAAUUGACAAUGGAACAAAUUGCCGAGAAAAUCAACGCUGGUUUUGGUGACGAUUUGAAUUGUAUUUUCAAUGAUGAUAACGCAGACAAAUUGGUGCUUCGUAUACGUAUCAUGAACAACGAGGAGACCAAGUUCCAAGACGAAGAUGAAGCUGUGGACAAAAUGGAAGACGAUAUGUUCCUGCGUUGCAUCGAAGCAAAUAUGCUGUCAGACAUGACACUGCAGGGCAUUGAAGCCAUUGGCAAAGUGUAUAUGCACUUGCCGCAAACGGACAGUAAGAAACGCAUCGUUAUCACUGACACUGGUGAAUUUAAGGCCAUUGGCGAAUGGUUAUUGGAAACUGAUGGUACAUCAAUGAUGAAAGUACUCUCCGAACGUGAUGUGGACCCGGUGCGUACGUCGUCUAAUGAUAUUUGUGAAAUUUUCCAAGUAUUGGGCAUAGAGGCUGUGCGUAAAUCAGUUGAAAAGGAGAUGAAUGCUGUGUUACAGUUCUACGGCUUGUACGUGAACUAUCGUCAUUUGGCUUUGUUAUGUGACGUAAUGACAGCCAAGGGUCAUUUGAUGGCUAUUACACGUCACGGUAUCAACAGACAGGACACUGGUGCGCUUAUGCGUUGUUCAUUCGAAGAAACUGUGGAUGUAUUGAUGGACGCCGCUGCACAUGCGGAAACCGAUCCCAUGAGAGGUGUGUCGGAAAAUAUUAUUAUGGGACAGCUGCCGCGUAUGGGCACAGGUUGUUUCGAUUUGUUGUUGGAUGCUGAAAAGUGUCGUUAUGGCAUUGAAAUACCAAGCACAUUGGGUUCGAGCAUGAUUGGUGGUUCGGCCAUGUUCUUUGGCGCAGGUGCUACGCCCAGUAUGACGCCACCAAUGACACCAUGGGUACAGUGUGGUACACCACGCUACUUCUCACCAUCCGGUCAAAUGAGCGGUAUGACACCUGGUGGACCAAGUUUUUCACCAUCUGCUGCAUCGGAUGCAUCUGGCAUGUCCCCCAGUUGGUCGCCAGCACAUCCUGGCUCGUCGCCUAGCUCACCGGGUCCUUCGAUGUCACCAUAUUUACCACCAUCACCUAGCGUGUCGCCUUCGUAUUCGCCGACAAGUCCAAACUAUACUGCUUCGUCACCUGGCGCUGCUUCACCAAAUUACUCACCAACUAGUCCGAACUAUUCUCCUACAAGUCCACUCUAUCCGGCCACAAGUCCACGUUACUCAACUACACCGAACUUUGCACCACAAUCAACUGGUUACUCACCAUCGACCAGCGGUUAUUCGCCUACGUCACCAGUUUAUUCACCAACUUCUAAUUACCAAUCGUCUAGUCCGUCGUUCUCGGGCAGUGGCACGAAUAUGUAUUCGCCUGGCAGUGCAUAUUCGCCUACAUCAUCGAAUUAUUCGCCCAAUUCGCCGAGUUAUUCACCGACUUCACCAUCGUACUCGCCCUCGAGUCCAUCAUACUCGCCCACGUCGCCUUGCUAUUCGCCGACGUCUCCUUCAUAUUCACCAUCGUCACCCAACUAUACACCAGUUACGCCAUCUUAUUCUCCAACAUCUCCCAAUUAUUCGGCGUCACCACACUAUUCGCCAGCAUCGCCGGCAUACUCGCAAACGGGUGUUAAAUAUUCACCCACAUCACCAACUUAUUCACCACCCUCGCCAUCAUACGAUGGCUCACCAGGUUCACCGCAAUAUACACCAGGUUCACCACAGUACUCGCCGGCUUCGCCCAAGUACUCGCCAACAUCGCCGCUUUAUUCGCCGAGCUCACCACAACAUUCGCCGGCCAAUCAAUACAGUCCCACUGGCUCCAGUUACUCGGCUACCAGUCCACGCUAUUCGCCCAAUAUGUCGAUCUACUCACCGAGUAGCACCAAAUAUUCACCGACAUCGCCGACAUACACCCCGACGGCGCGUAAUUACUCGCCAACCUCGCCGAUGUAUUCACCAACGGCGCCAUCGCAAGGAUACAGCCCAACUAGCCCAGCAUAUUCGCCCAGUAGUCCAACAUUUGAAGAAAGUGAUGAUUAAUUCGUUGUCUAAGAUAUUCGGGCAGUUGAAGGAGUUUUUGCAAUGCCAUAUUCGGUAUUUGCUAUUUUACAAUAUACUUUUUUAAUAAAAAUCUUAUAAGUUUAAUUGUUUGACUCAAUGUAUAAUCCAAUUAUGACUGAAUUGCAGUCAAUUAUAAUAAAAAUGGUACACUGCAUACACCGCA